GGACGAUUUAAGUUUUAUUUGAAUGGCCGGAUCUCCGAAAGAAGCAGUGUGUUAUUUUACGUUUUAGCAAUGUAGCAAUGGCAACAUCGCAAAACUCUUCGGGACCGCCGGAUUUGGACUCAUCUUCUCCAAGCGACCAGUCUGCAUGCAGUCGGAGCAGCAACAGAAGUUUGAGAGUCGCGGAGAUUGAAAGAAGGAAAAACGAGGCGGAGGACCCGUUUGUUCUUGCGCUGAAGUACUUCUCAGACGUUGAAGCAGGGACUCCAGUAACUGGCAACGAUGAUGUGGAGAGGAACCUGGUGGCGGUGGAGAGAGUGGCCUACAGUAAAGGGCUGCCUCCAGAGGCCAUCUCCAUCAUGCUGGAGUUUGCCAUGAGCCUCCGUAUGGGAACUAGUCCGUGUGUCCGGGUGCUGAAAUGUCUGAUCCCUGCCACGGUGGUGCCACAGGAGGCUGUUGUUCGAGCUGUAGUUUGGCUGUGUGUUGGCAAAAUACCCCUAAGUACACAAGUUCUUUUUAUUAAAUGGGUGCUGACCAUGUUUGACAUGAUUGAUGCUAAGGACCAACUUCAUUCCAUCUAUGGCUUCCUCUUCAGCUUUGUGACCGAGGAAAAUCUGUGUCCUUACAUCUGUCACCUGCUGUACCUUUUGACCAGGAAGGAAAGUGUGCGGCUGUUCAGAGUCAGAAAGCUCUUGGAUCUACAAUCUAAAAUGGGCAGGCAACCGUUCCUCAUGCACUUACUCUCGCUAUACAAAGUGUUUUGCCCCGAGUUGGUGACACUGUCCCUUCCAUCACGGAUGAAGGCUGGGUUUAGGAAUCACAAUUCGCAGUGGAAGUCAGCCUUGAUUGCUGUCCAGAAGAAGAACAGUUUCCAGGUUACCUCUAGUGUCAGUCUGACCGUCAGGUUGAAAGAUAAGACCAACCCAAGGAAAAGGAAACAUAACCAUCUGGAGGUGCCAGCACUGAGUUCUGCAGUCAAUACCCAGACCAAUCCCUCUUCCAGCAGAAAGCUGGUCCCCCUGGUGCAGCUCCACUCAUUCUCUCUGCUGCUGGAAAAUCUACACCAUAUAGAGCUGCCAGCUCAGAUGGGCUCUCUGCUGGGCUCCAGUCUGGCACUGCAAUACCUGGACUGUGUACAGGAUGAGUCUGCCUUCCUACGCCUCAACUUCUGGCUAGGCCAUGCUCUCCAUGAAGAGUUUUUGUUCUGCAGUAGUGGAGUCUCACAGAAUUCAGAAGAGGUUCUGCAGUUUUUGGACCGGUUGCUCUCCUCACAACAUUUUCUCCAGGAGGGAUUCUCCAGCACAGAGGCUUUUCUCUACAAAUUUCUCAACAUCUGGGAUGGUUCCCUCCUCCGCCCACAGAUCCUAGGCAUGCUGAGCAACAUUCCUGUUGUACCCAGUUCCUGUAUCCGACAGCUUCUGUUUGAGCCCCUCAUGCAGCUGUUCUUCACAUCCACGCUGUUUUUCAAGUGUGGUUUGAUAGAGUGUCUAAACAGUAUGCUGUUGAAGUGGCUGACCUGGCACUCUGUCUACGCUCUAGAGGAUGGCUUGGAUAUCAGCCUCAACAGCCACACCUCCAUAAAUAUGACUCUGUCAGGGUUCAAGGACUCCUUGAUGGAGCUGGUGCAUUUCGUGGGUCGCCUAGCCUCUGUGGGCCUUCAGAUUGAAGGCUGUCACUCUCUCCUCCUCAGCUUCAUCCUGGACUUUUAUGAGACAGUGUGUGAUAUGUUUCUGAAGUAUGGGCUCCCUCUGGUGGUGAUGCCCCCAGCUGGGGUGUUUUAUCCAGCCCUGUUUGCCACUGACCCUGUCAGCGUAGACAGACUGGCUCACAUCAUGUACCGGUACAAGGUGAACUUGAUGUCAGCAAAGACUCAAGAAAAACAGACUGAGCAGGCCUUCCAUAUCAGCCGGCAGACGUACCGUGAAUUCAACCACUACCUGGUUGUCAUGGUCAACUGCCUGUGGAACUCCAAGAUGUUCCAGCCCGGCAUGGGCGUCGAGAUGGAGGAGGAGCUGCUAGUCAGCAGCAAAGUACCGCAGUACUGGUCCAGCUUUGACUUCAUCCACCACCCUGCCUUCUUGAGCUAUGCUGUCGACUUUCACCACAAGUGUUGGCCAGGGAGCAGGAACGUGGACUUCAAUUCCAUAAAGCAUCCCAAGCCAUGGGGCUGGUACCUGGAGUAUCUGUAUGCCCAGGGCUUUGAAGGCCUCAAACAGUUUGUCCAGAGCAACAUCUCCCGGCGCUCCACAGCGGGUGAUGGCCAGGGCGACGGUCUCUCUGCAGACCAGAGGUAGAUGAUCAACUCAGUGAAGAGGAAAACACAACCACUUUGAUCUUAACCACCUUUUUUAAAAGACUUGUACAUACUUCAUCCCUCCGUCUCCUCCAAGGCAAGACACUCACCAGAGAUCUGGUUGUGUGCUUUUUUUUUUUUUUUUUAUGUACAUAAAUGUGUGUUUAUUCUGUAUUUUUACUUAACAUUGUAUAUAUCUGAUUUUUAGCUUACUGUUUGUUGUCCAUCCUUGUACAGCUUACCAUCUGUCCUGCCUGUGACUCUUGCACAACUGAUAAGAAUAAACAUGUGUAGGACUUUUACUGAAGAAGCAAA